AUGCCCUCUGUACAUCACGUUGAGAAGAUUCACGCAUACAGGCACCUAUAUCGCGAGCUCCUUCGAGCAGUCCAAUUCGCGUCGCCAUACAGGUACGUUGUCCGCGACCAGCUGCGGGCGGCGUUCCGGGAAAAGGAGGCCUCCUGGGACAAGGAGGAAUACAAGCGGACUAUGUGGUUCCUACAGGCGGCGGCGCGUGAGGCCGGGCUUGAGCACAAGAUCCUCAAGAACCUGAUCCGCGUGGCGCACGAGCGGCAAAGGCUGGCGCCGUGGAAAAUCAGCUACCGCAAGGCUGAGGAUAUGAAGGGCAAUACACUCUAUGAGGAGGGCAAGCAGAUCACGUCCACGGCGUUUAAUCACUAUGACAUGACGGUGGCCAUGUUGAACAAGACGAUGGGUAUCCGACUGAGGUGA